UUUGAGAGACCAUCAACCAUAUUACCAAAACCCUCUCUCUCUUUGGGAUCGAGAAGAAAAGCCUCUCUCUCCCUAGCUCCCUCGCCAUCUCCUCAACAGACGUUUCAGUUCCAUCUUUUCCAUAAUGAUCACGGAAGAAAACGUGGGGGAUAGGGCUGUCCUAACUGCUCCAAUAGCGUUGGGCGAUGAAUAUGAUUCGGAGUAUAGGGCUCCAAAUAUGCUCCAGGUCAUUCUAAGUCUUUUGAAGAAUGUCCGCCCAGGAGCUGAUCUCACCCGAAUCCCGGUGCCACCAUUGUUGAACCUUCCAAAAUCACAUCUUCAAUUGUAUGGGGAAACAGUGUACAGCACUAACGUUGAUCUGUUAAGCAAGGUUGCCAAUGGAGAAACCUCGGUCGACAGAUUCAUUGCCGCCGUCGCAUGGAGCAUAUCCACCACGCGCCACCUAUCUUUUGGAAUCUCUCCUUACAAUCCCAUUCUUGGAGAGACUCACCAUGUCUCCAAAGGCUCUCUCAAUGUCUUGGUGGAGCAGGUUUCUCAUCAUCCUCCGGUCAGUGCUCUGUAUGCAACCGAUGAGAAAGACAACAUUCAACUGCUAUGGUGCCACAACCACGUCCCAAAGUUCACCGGUACUAAGGUGGACGUUGAAGUGCGUGGGGAGAGAGAAUUGAAAAUCCUAAACAAGAAGGAAACUUAUAUAAUGAACACACCAAAUCUGGUAUUUAGGAUUCUCCCAUUUCCUGGAGUUGAGUGGCAAGGAAAUGUUUCAAUUCGAUGCCAAGAAACAGGCCUCAAAGCUGACAUAUGUUACAAAGGCACCUCCUUUCUGUCCCGUAAGGAUAAAAACAGGUCUCUUGUAGGAAAAAUCUUCCGAUCAUCGUCGUCUUCUUCUUCUUCUUCCUUCGAGGCCAUUUAUGAGAUCUCUGGAAAUUGGGAUAGAACUGUAGCGAUUAAGGACACAAGAAAUGGGGAAGUGAAGGUGAUUUACAACGCAAAACAGGCAUUCUCUGGAUUGAAGACUCCGGUUGUCAAGCUUCCAAAGGAGGUGGUGGCAAGUGAAUCAGGUGUGGUUUGGGCAGAGGUGAAUAAAGGCAUCCUGAAGAAGCAAUGGGAUAAAGCAAAGGAAGCCAAAAGCAGCAUUGAAGAGAGGCAGAGAGAGCUGGAAAGAGAGAGGGUGUCCAAGGGGGAGACUUGGAUUCCUAAGCACUUCAAAGUAUCUUACAACAAGGAGAAUGGGUGGCAAGCAUUGCCAUGUCACAAGUUGGUCCCACCUGCUCCAAUUGUUGUUCCAACUUCUUGAUCCACUAUUUUCAUUGCUCCAUCAUCACAAGUACUACCAUACACACCCCACAAAAUAUGGGUUACAUACCAUCACAAACCAUGCACCUUAUAACCAUUAUUAUUGUUGUUAUAACUUUGUAUUUUUAUUUACUA